CAAAAAACCAGCACUUAACACCAUGACCCCCCCUUCCUGACGUCGCCCUCACACCAGACUCUAUUUCCUCACCAUCGCUGCCAUGUCGCUCAACGCAGAGCCGUCCGUGCCCGAGGAGCGCGAGGCCCAGCACCUCCCACCCAAGUCGUACGCUGCAGCAGCCGAAGAGGCCCUCGCUGUCGCCCUGGCCCCAGAACCAGAAUCACAUGUGAACGGUACCGGUGGUACCGACGCGUCGAAUCGAGCUGAGAAUAUUGAGAACAUACAGACAAAUGGGAAGAUCAAGAUACCCGCAGACGAGCACCACCAGCAACAGUACGAAGGCGAAGGGCUGGACGGCAUCCCCAAGAGCCCGCCGAGAGGGCAUCGCCGGAAGACGUCGCGCAACUCGAACGGCUCAAUUGGACAGAAGCACGGCGAGCACAUUGAGCAUGUCGAGCACCUCGACCUUCCAGUGCACGUCAAUCACCACGUCUACGAGAAGCACCAGGACGGCAAUGGCAAGCCGCUGACGAGCGUGAAGCCCGCGCAGAGAAGGGACACCCUGAAGUCGGGCAGGCAGGCCGGCGCUGGCUGGCAGAGGAGCAAAAUUCGAUUCGCCCCCCUCAAUGUGCCCCUCCAACGCCGUCUGCAGACCCUCGCCGUGCUCAUGCACACGCUCAGCAUCGCCGGUACCCUCACCAUCUUCUUCUUCCUCUGCAGCAUCCCCUUGCUGUGGCCAAUUCUCCUCCCCUAUCUAAUAUAUGUCCUCUUCUCCAACGCUGGCACGUCCGGCGAGCUCUCCUUCCGCAGCGAGCGGUGCCGCCGAUGGUCGGGGUGGUCCCUUUUUGCCUCGUACUUUCCCGCUCGCCUUCACCGCUCGCAGGAGCUGGAGCCGACGCGGAAAUACAUCUUUGGCUACCACCCACACGGCAUCAUAUCCCACGGCGCAUUUGCUGCCUUCGCCACCGAAGCUCUCGGCUUCUCGCAGCUGUUCCCCGGCAUAACCAAUACCCUCCUCACCCUCGACUCCAACUUUCGCUUGCCCCUCUACCGGGAGUACGCCCUCCGUAUGGGCCUCGCAUCCGUCUCGCGGGAAUCCUGCGAAAACAUCCUCUCCAAAGGCGGCCGCAACGGCGAAGGCAUGGGCCGCGCCAUCACCAUCGUCGUAGGCGGGGCCCGGGAAUCGCUCGACGCCACGCCCGGCAUCAUGCGUCUCGUGCUCCGCAAUCGUAAGGGCUUCGUCAAGCUCGCUAUCCGCACCGGCGCUGACCUCGUGCCCGUGCUCGGCUUCGGCGAGAACGAAAUUUACGAACAGCUUAACGUGAAGUCACACCCUUACGUCCACAAGUUCCAGCUCCUGGUUAAGAAGCUUAUGGGGUUCACUGUGCCGAUUUUUCAUGCUAGAGGGAUUUUUAAUUAUGAUGUGGGCAUGAUGCCGUAUCGACGGUCGAUGAAUGUUGUUGUCGGGAGGCCGAUUCAGAUUGUCCAGGCUCAGCAUCCGGACAAGGAUUAUGUUGAUCAGGUGCAUAGUGAGUAUAUUGAGGAGUUGACGAGGCUGUGGGAUGAAUGGAAAGAUACGUUUGCUAAAAAGAGGCUGGGCGAGCUGGAGAUUGUUGACUGAGUGAGCAGUAGGACGCGAGGGGCUGGUUUGUAACAUUUUUUGUACAGUUGCUUUUGUGGGAUUCUGUCCUUUUUGGUUUUGCGGGUAACGGCACUCUUGGCUUGGGAACGAAACGGAAUUUGACGGCCGAAUGGGUGGAGACUUGUGCUCAUGCCACUGGCUCAUCGUUCCAGGGAGAGCGGUUAGUAUAAUUGAGGGAAUAUAGAUCUACGGUUG